CUGGUUUCGGAAAUCGCUGCUACUGGCCUGGUAUGGUGUUCCCUGAUGGUUCCGUUCCCGUCGGAACAUCUGAGGAGCAGCAAGUGAUGGGAGGAGGAAGGAGAAACGACAAAGUAAUCGGAGGCAACGUGGUCUAUGCCUGCUUCGUGCUGAUGGGUUUGGGUACGUUGCUGCCAUGGAAUUUCUUCAUUACGGCCCAGUCGUACUGGGACUACAAGUUCAGGGAAGUGGCCCCUGAUAACGGCACCAGCCAGGGAGCACCGGGUAUGGAGAGGACAUUCUUGCAGAAUCUCUACGUACCCAUGCAAGUGUGCUUCUCACAAAUACCCAAUUUCGUGUUCCUGUUCAUCAACAUGCUUUUCAGCCACAAGGUUCCCUUGAGAGUGAGACUUCUCGCCUCCCUCACGCUGAUGAUCCUCCUCUUCGCCGUGACAACGGCGCUCACUCAGGUCAACACCGACAGCUGGCAGACGGGAUUCUUCGCCAUAACGAUCAUAGUCAUCUUCUUCAUCAACAGUUCGGGAGCAAUCUUCCAAGGAGGUCUCUUUGGCGUGGCCGGAAUGUUUCCUGAGAGGGGAUUUUUUUGUGUUUUCGGGGCCAGGGCCAUUGGGAGGCGGGUCUUUGCGUCGGCUGCCCGUAUCGUCUCCCUGUCGGUAGGAGCUGCGGACGCCACUUCAGCCUUCAUCUAUUUCAUGGUCGCAGUGGCUGUCAUGAUUUUGACGAUGUGUGGAUAUCUCUACAUGUCAAAGACUGAUUUCUACAAGUACUACAGCAACCCUCAAGAGUCCGUAGAAAGUAACACAGAUCAAACUGAGAAGCUGAGCAAGGGUCCAGAAAAAGAAGAGAACGGAGGCACCUUGUCCAGCCAUUUGGAAAUUAUGAAGGAAAUUUGGCCCAUGGCUCUCUCUGUGACUGGUGUCUUCUUCGUGACUUUGGCUGCCUUCCCUGUCCUGUGCGUGAAGAUCAUCUCAACAUCAAGCAACGAAAACUGGAGAAAUGUUUACUUCCAACCAGUUUCCACAUUCCUACUCUUCAACGUUGGAGACUACGUUGGGCGACUGUCAGCUGGACUCAUCCUGUGGCCUCGCAAGGGCUCGUGGAUUCUGUACCUGAUGGUAUUGGGCCGCUUGGUGUUCAUCCCCCUUUUCCUUCUCUGCAACCACGACCCGAAAUCCAACAUCCCCAGCGUCUUCACACACGACGCCUGGUAUAUCGUCAUCAUGCUGCUCUUCUCCCUCUCCAACGGAUAUUGUUCUUCUUUAGCCAUGACGUACGGCCCUAAACUGGUGUCGGAGUCCAAAGCCGAGAAAGCCAGCAGCAUGAUGGCGGCCAUGUUGGGUCUCGGUCUCCUCAUGGGCGGCGUCUCGUCCUUCGGGUUUGGCCUCAUCAGCUAAGGAGAACGACUGGAGUCAGGGAGUCAGACGCUUGUGGAUGACUCGGCUGUCAUCCUAGUAUUAAGGCUGUGUACAUUGUACAUAUUUUUAAAAUAAGGGUAAAAAGUUUUGCAAUGAUACCGUACAAUAUCUGUAUCGCUGUAGACAGCUCUUACUGAAAUGGGGGGAUCGGUCAGAAUCCUGAAUUGAUUUUUCAUUCUGAUUAUAUUUUAUAUUUAUUUAAAUACAGAGCUGAAACAAAAUGCCAUGAAGGUUGAGAAGAAUAUUUCCUGUACACAAAGAACUUCCAGCAAUUCUUAAAGAGUACAGGUGCUCUUUCAAGAGUUGCUGUGGGUCUAUAUGCUGUUCAUGGGUUAGAAGAGAGAAGUCCUGGUAAAGAAUAGCAGAUGUAGUAAUUUGGUUUGAAGUGUAAUGAGGAUCCAAUAGAGAUUUGAUGAUUUGAACUACAGCACUUUAUCAUUAUCUUAUUUUUUUGGGUGGGGAUACUUAAGUAACUUCUUAUCAGGACUUCUCAUGAAGCUAUAUCGGCGAGAUGACGAUAAACUCUGAGAUUAAUAACACACACACACUUGAAGGUUUUCUCCUCUGAUAAACCUUCUUAUCUUACCAAAUGACUUUGUCUUGUGGCCAUUAUGAAACUAGUCAUGCUUGUUUGUGAAGUCUGUAAUAACUCUUGUGACUUGACUGUCAUGAUGAUAUAUGAGUAGCUCUCGCCUUCUUUCUCUGUUUUCAGUCGUGAAGUAUUCAGUGAAAUGCCUUCUUACGCUCUUACCUUGAGACAGAAAUCUCAGUACUUUAUAUAUAUUUUUUGUAUGCUUAGGUUAGUCUUGGUAUUUUCAACUAGUUCUUGUUCAGUAGGACCAUAAUGUGGGCACAAAAAAAUAAGGAGAAUGUAUGGAAUAUAAAAGGAAUCUUCCAUUAUCAAGAUACUUAAACAUUCCUUAGAAUUUUUUUCUUCAUUUUUCACGUGUCGUAAGCAAGAGCACUGCCUAGUCACAUUACAAAAUGAAAUGUGUUUUAUGAUCGCAUAUCUCUCGUCUCCAUACGUGUCGAAAUGUAUACGUUAGGAGAAUACUGUACACUUGUCCAAAGGUCAUGUCAAAAAUGUAUUUAAAGUGACAAUGUAGUUACAUUUGCAAUUCCCUCUGGAUUACACAAUUUAUUUAUAUGUUGGCAGCACUAUAUAUUUCCUCCUUAUAUUUAUUUAUGCAUUUGUUUUAUGAAUUUUCGGGCAUAAUUCACUUGAUUACAGAUUUUUUUGUGGUGUCCUGUUUUUUUUUUCUUUCUUUUUUAGUUUCCAGGCGUUGCCAACGAAAUUCUUUGUAGUCAGACGAAAUCAAAUCUAUUUUUCAUAAGAACUCAAACCUUUUUAUAUAUAUAUAAUUUAUGAAUCUACGCAACUCGUGCAUUGUUUGAAUGUAGAUUGUGUGGUGUAACAAAAAAUUAAAUGACUUGUGAAAUAAACAAUACAUGAUUGA